AAAUGAUAAAGUAGAAAGGGUUUUGCUCCAAAUCCUUUUUGCCCCAGCGUCCGGGUUUCAUGUCUCCAGAUGAAGCUCCGUCUUCACAGUGCCUGGCUUGGGAACCUCAUGUCCUGAAAGCCGAAUGAAGAGGAUCUACCCCAGCCAGCUCUCAAUCUGUACUAUCCACAGCAAACAGGAUUAAUAGCAACAAUUCUGCUAAUUUUCUACAGCAUCUACGUACAUCUUCUGCCAUGAAGCUGUUUAAAUUACAGACUCUAAAAUCAUUGUGGACUCUGAAGCCUCCUGAUAGGGCUUUCCAUGGACACUCCAGGCUGCUUGUCUCUGAUGUGCAUUCACAGUAUGAGUCCAUCAGGCGGGGCAAACAGGAAAUACCAAAGUACUUUAACUUUGCAAGUGAUGUACUGGACAAAUGGUCUGAGAUUGAAAAGGUUGGAAAGAGACCUCCAAACCCUGCCUUUUGGUGGGUAAAUGGAAAAGGAGAUGAAGUGAAGUGGAGCUUUGAGGAGCUGGGGUUCCUGUCUCGGAAAGUGGCCAAUGUGCUGACUAAAGUAUGCGGACUGCAAAAGGGAGACAGAAUUAUUGUGAUCCUGCCACGAAUCCCUGAAUGGUGGCUGGUGUAUGUGGCUUGCAUGCGCACAGGAAUUGUCAUAAUUCCAGGAAUAUCCCAGUUAUCAGCCAAAGAUGUGUUGUAUCGACUCCAGGCGUCAAAGGCCACAUGCAUCAUUACCAGUGACACGCUGGCUCCUGCCGUGGACUCAGUGGCAUCUGAGUGUCAGUUUCUGAAAACCAAGUUAAUUGUGUCCAAAAGCAAAAGGGAGGGAUGGCUAAACCUCACUGACCUGUACAAAAACCAAUCUGCUGACCAUUCCUGUGUCAAAACAAGGAUUCAAGACCCAAUGAGUAUCUUCUUUACCAGUGGAACCACAGGUUCUCCAAAGAUGACUGAACAUUCCCAGGGUAGUCUUGGUUUCAGACCCCUUGUAAGUGAAAGGUACUGGUUGGAUUUGACUCCCUCAGACGUUGUAUGGUGCACAGCAGACACAGGAUGGAUACUGGCUUCAGUGGGAUCUCUUGUUGAUCCCUGGGUUUUUGGAUCAUGCAUCUUUAUACAUAUGCUCCCAAAGAUCGAAUCAGCAGCCAUCCUAAAUACUCUCUGUGAAUUCCCCAUUGACACGCUGAUUGGUGCUCCAACGUUGUUCCGCAUGCUGGUGCAAAAUGAUCUCUCCAGGUACAAAUUCAUGAAGCUGAAGAACUGCAUGAGUGGAGGGGAGCCACUCAACCCCGAAGUCAUGGAGCACUGGAAAAGCAAGACUGGGCUGGACAUCUGUGAAGUGUAUGGGCAGACUGAAACGGGAGUAGUCUGCUGUGUUUUUAAAGGAAUGAAGAUUAAACCUGGAUCAAUGGGGAAGGCAGUUCCCCUUUAUGAUGUUCAGAUCAUAGACAAAAAUGCUAAUAUUCUGCCUCCAGGACAACAGGGUGAAAUUGCUAUCAGAAGCAAACCUUUAAGACCACUUGGUUUAUUCUCUGAAUAUGUAGAUAACCCAAAGAAAACUGCAGAAAGUGAACGUGGGGAUUUUUAUGUCACUGGAGACAGAGGGAUUAUGGAUGAAGAUGGAUAUUUUCAGUUUAUUGGAAGAGAUGAUGACAUCAUCAUUUCCUCAGGAUAUCGCAUCGGGCCAUUUGAAGUAGAGAGUGCCUUGAUAGAACACCCAGCAGUGGUAGAAACAGCAGUUAUCAGCAGCCCAGAUCCCCUCAGGGGAGAGGUUGUGAAAGCAUUUGUGGUCCUGUCCCCCACCUUUUCAUCCAGUGACCUGGAGAGCUUAACCCGUGACUUGCAGGAGCAUGUCAAGAAAACUACUGCUCCAUAUAAAUACCCUAGAAAGGUGGAAUUUGUCCAAGAGCUGCCAAAGACAGUCACUGGGAAGAUUAAGAGGAACGAAUUAAGAAAAAAAGAGUGGGGACGGAUGUAGUAUUAUUUGGAAUUUAACAGAACUUCUUUCUUUCCAUUAAGAGUGUAUAAAUUUCUCUGACAUCUGCCCUCCUUCUGAUCUAGUUUUGUUAAAUGUCUGAGCAUCAAAAACUAUAGAGAACACCAAGAUGUGUUGUUUGUGCCUGCGUGCAAAGCUUCUAAUGUCAGUACCAUGGUUUCAGUUCCUGAAGCACUACUGGGAAGGGGAACAAACCAUACAAAUACAUUCUAGUCCUGAAUGUCUAGAAGUUCACCAGGAUUUGGCUGGUGACCCAUCUCUUUCGGACAGCAUCCAAAAUCAGUGAAGAGAUAUUGCUGAUAUCGAUUGUCUAGCUCCAAGCUGCAGAAGAAUCGGGUGUAGAUUUGAGUGGUUCAUAUGCUCUAUCCUUAAAUGCUUCUGCUUCCCGGAUCUGCCAUCCAGAUCAAACCAGCAAAGCCUUUUGGUCCAUUUCCUAGAUAUGUGCUAAGGCAUCAAACACAUUUUGGGGAAUAUUUUCAGUUCACUGAUGACUUUUGAAGUGCCUCCCUCCAAGUAUGUGUGCUGAGCUGCCUAAAACACCUAAUGUAUGUGUAUAUUGAGAAAUAGCUAUACCUGUGAGGGGAAUCUUGGCUUGUGUUAACAUUGUAAAGAUGUAGAUCGGCGUUUUCAAAUACAUCUGAGGAGACAAAGAGGCAUCUAACUUCCUUUUGAUUUCAGAAAAAUUAGGGGUGCCUACGCCUAUUUGAAGCUCUGGCAAUGACUUCCUGGAAUCCCAAUGAGAUCCUAUACCUUGAAGCAAUGUCCCCUAACUAUUCUUCUUAAGACAACCAUUAAACAAAUGUGGCCUCAGUCACCUCUCUUCUUGACUGCUGUGAGGACAUGAUGUGGGUGUCCAGACACCAGUGAAGAAUUCCUGUCUGCUGGGAACUCCUCUGUGCUCACUAUAAGUAAUUUAAAGGCACAUUUGUGGAGCUCAAUAAGCGAUUACCAAAAAAAAUUGUCCAGCAUCUGGCUCAGGAACUUGUAUUUCCACUGGCUUGAAAGACAUUUGAUUGUAGAAAAUUGCAUUAUUCAUCUUAGUUUUUCUAUUGAACGUUAUUCACCAAGUUAGUGAUUGCCGAGUGCUGCCUUACUCUAGCUUUCUCCUUUAGGUGGUAAAAGCUUUUAUUGUUCUGUUUCCUGAAUUUACAUCUCAUGAUCCUGAAAAAUUAGUCCUUCAGCUGCAUAAGCAUGUGAGAAAAAGUUGCUACACCUUACAAAUACCCCAGAAAGGCAAGUAUUACUGCAUUCUGAAUAUAUAAAUAGCUUCUUGUGAUGCACCCUAGAAUUAAAACUCUUAUAAUCAAACCUAAGAACCAGAUUAAAAAUGCAAUUGGAUUAUAUUUUGGAAUAAUAGAAUUUUGCUUUUUUUCCUGUCUUUGGCUCCCCUCAGUCCCUGCACAGGGUUCCAGCAACAGUGAUGCAGGGCUUGAAUUUCCCUUCCCUUUUCCAGGGCAACAACUUUGUUCUGGGAGAUGAAUUUUUUCUCUUCUAGAUUCAGUUCAGAGCAGAGGGAAAACAUGUUGGACAUUUGAAAUGAAAUCCCAUUUUUGGAGUAGAAUAACUAGAAAUAGCAUUAGAUUUUUAAGUGCAAUCAUAAAAGCAUGUUGAAAAAUGUAAUCUAGCCACAAUUUCAGAAUCUGUUUCUUUUAAAGCACAUUCAAAUUUCACAUGUAAGUACUUUUUAGCAAAGUAAUCCACGUUGUCCGAAGUGAAGUAAUCAGAUUGCUCAUGUAAUCCAUUUAUUAUGUGUAAGUAAUAAAUUUUUAAACAUCAUCUAA